AUGUCUGGAUUCGACGCAGACCGUGUAUACUCUGUAUCCGUUCAUGAUAUCUCCAAUCCUGCCUCCUUAGAAUCUCCCUCGCAAACUGAGAAGCUGCUGCUUGACUUCCUGCUUCAAUACCGGUUAGGAGGCGAAUUUGUAUACCGUGACAAACUUCGAGGGAAUCUUCUUCUCAAGCAUUAUCAACUCGAAGUCGAUCUAGGACACAUCAGCCUGUACAAUGACGAGAUUGCUCAUGCGAUUCAAGAUCGGCCAGCAGAUGUUCUGCCCUUAUUCGAAAACGCUGCAACGAAAGCAUCUCGAAGUAUCCUCUUCCCACUAGCAGGUGGCUCAGACGAGCGCGCGGAAGCCGCCUCGCAAACAAUACCCAAGAUACAGAUCUCCAUCAAGUCUGGCUUGAACCUAUUACAGUUCCGUGGACUUACUGCAAAUACCAUCAACAAGCUAGUUCGAAUACCGGGCAUCGUCAUCUCUGCAUCUGUUCUUUCAUCUCGUGCAACCAAGCUGCAUCUCCAAUGUCGUGCUUGCCGAUCACCCAAGGUGAUCUAUCCUGCUAGUGGCCUUGGUGGUAUUGGUGGUGGCUCUGAUCGGGGCCUGCCUCGAGUCUGUGACGCACCAGAGGUAGAAGGUCAGAAGAAGGAAUGUCCGAUGGAUCCGUAUAUCAUUGUGCAUUCAAAAUCGACAUUCGCCGACCACCAGACGCUGAAGCUUCAGGAGGCACCGGACAUGGUUCCUGUGGGCGAACUUCCACAGCACAUCAUGCUUUCGGCAGACAGAUAUAUCACUGGACAUGUUGUCCCCGGCUCUAGAAUCAUCGCCACGGGCAUAUAUUCUACGUACCAAGCGGCUAAAGAUAAAUCAGCGGGAGCAGCGGCACUUCGUAAGCCCUAUAUCCGCUUGGUCCAUCUGGAACUCUCCUCGCCAUCUUCCGGGAGUCCUGGAGGACUUAAUCCAUUUGGAUUACACUUUACGCCGGAGGAGGAAGAGGAGUUCGGAGAGAUGGCCAGGAGCGAUGGCUUUUACGAACGUUUUGCGAAGAGUGUGGCUCCAAGUAUUUUUGGCAGUCUAGAUAUCAAAAAAGCAAUCACCUGUCUCUUGUUUGGAGGCUCAAAAAAGAUAUUACCUGAUGGUAUGCGUCUUCGAGGAGACAUCAAUGUCCUUCUGCUGGGUGAUCCCGGUACAGCAAAAAGUCAGCUGCUCAAAUUUGUGGAAAAGGUUGCACCUAUUGCUGUUUAUACUUCUGGAAAAGGCUCCAGUGCAGCUGGCCUCACCGCAUCAGUUCAGCGUGAUGCCGUUUCCCGGGAAUUUUACCUUGAAGGUGGUGCCAUGGUCUUGGCAGAUACUGGCGUGGUCUGUAUAGAUGAGUUUGACAAGAUGCGUGAUGAGGACCGUGUUGCUAUACACGAAGCUAUGGAGCAACAAACGAUUUCCAUCGCGAAAGCUGGAAUUACCACUGUCCUGAACUCGCGAACAAGUGUCCUUGCAGCUGCCAACCCUGUAUGGGGGCGAUAUGACGAAGGUCGGAGCCCAGGCGAGAACAUCGACUUCCAGACCACUAUUUUGUCUCGAUUUGACAUGAUUUUCAUUAUCAAGGAUGAACACAAUGAACAGCGAGAUCGGAUGAUCGCAAAACAUGUCAUGAAUAUCCACAUGAACCGCCCAAACAAUAGUGCAGACGAAAACGGAGAUGUCGUUGGGGAAAUCGACAUUGACAGGAUGAAGCGAUAUAUCUCGUACUGCAAAUCGAAAUGCGCUCCGCGGUUGUCCUCCGAAGCUCAAGAGAUGCUCAGCAAUCACUUCGUUGACCUGAGGAAACAAGUGCAGAAGGUUGAAUUGGAUAAUGACGAACGAAGUUCCAUUCCCAUCACUGUUCGUCAAUUGGAGGCCAUCAUCCGGAUAUCUGAAUCGCUCGCGAAACUGGUGCUCUCGCCUGUGGUCCAAUUGCACCAUGUCGAGGAAGCCGUCCGGCUGUUCAAAUUUUCCACUAUGAAUGCUGUCUCUGCGGGUUCUGUCGAGGGGCUGUCUCGCGGUGAGCUCAAUAGUGAGAUUACCAGGAUCGAGAAGGAGAUCCGCAGGCGUCUGCCCGUAGGAUGGAGCACUAGCUACCAGAGCCUGGUCAAGGAGUUCGUGACGCAGCAAGGCUAUUCAAGUCACGCGCUUGAACGGACGCUAUUUGUCAUGGAGAAGCGUGAGAUCAUUCGGUUCUCCGGGCAAAAGAAGGUGGUGCACAGGGUGGGCGUUUAG